AUGUCGUCAGUGGAGCUUACCGAGUUCCGCGAAUUCGACAGCGAAACUUCGAGUUCGACAGAAUAUGAGGAAUAUGAUGGCCUCCAACGGGCUUCAUCGAUAAUUGGAGAGAACGACAGGCGAGAACUACAAAGGUUAGCGACUACUUUAUCGCGGCACCCGUCUCUUGCCACACGACCUCGAGAUCCCAGAGCAUCAACAGGCCUCGAACGGAUAGAAACUAUAGGCGAUGAUGACCCUAGGCUUCGACCGGACUGUAAAGAGUUUGAUGUUGCAAGAUGGCUCAAACGGUUCAUCGACGAUAUGCGAGCCGAGGGGUUGACCCUCAAGCAGAGUGGUAUUUCCUAUGAGAACCUCAACGUUUCUGGUACAGCCGCGGCUCUUCAGCUGCAAGAUACGGUGGGCAGCAUGCUCACAGCUCCUCUUCGACUGGGCGAGAUGUUCAGUUUCGGACGCAAGGAGCACAAAAAGAUCUUGCAAAAUUUUGACGGGUUGGUCAGAAGUGGAGAACUCCUAAUAGUGCUAGGCCGACCAGGCUCAGGAUGCAGCACAUUAUUGAAGACCAUGUGUGGAGAGCUGCAUGGAUUGACUGUGGAUGACCAGUCGACCAUCAGCUACAAUGGAGUCCCCCAGAAGAUUAUGAUGAAGGAGUUCCGAGGAGAAACUCCAUAUAACCAAGAGGUGGACAAGCAUUUCCCCCACUUGACCGUUGGUCAAACUAUGGAAUUUGCGGCGGCUGUGAGGACACCCUCAAACCGCAUUAGAGGCAUGUCUCGUGAGGAGAUAGCCAAGGUUGGAGCCAAGGUUGCCAUGGCGGUCUGCGGCUUAAGUCAUACAUACAACACCAAGGUUGGUAACGAUUUCGUACGUGGCGUAUCGGGUGGUGAGAGAAAGCGUGUCAGUAUCGCGGAAAUGAUCCUGGCUGGAUCGCCACUGGCAGCGUGGGAUAACAGUACGCGCGGCCUUGACUCUGCGACUGCACUCAAGUUUGUGCAGACACUCAGACUCGGCGCAGACUUGUGCGGCAGCACCGGAGCAGUCGCCAUAUACCAGGCCAGCCAGUCUAUAUACGAUCUUUUCGACAAGGCUACUGUCCUGUACGAGGGACGCCAGAUAUACUUUGGUCCUGCCAACGCCGCCAAAGACUUUUUUGAGCGACAAGGGUGGUUCUGCCCGCCACGGCAGACGACCGGUGACUUCUUGACUUCGGUCACAAACCCGCAGGAAAGACAGCCACGCCCUGGAAUGGCAAACGAGGUACCACGUACUCCUGAGGAGUUUGAACGAUACUGGCGCCAGUCGCCGGAAUUCCAGGCACUCCAGAGCCAGAUAGCUCAGUAUCGUGAGGAGUACCCCUUAACCGAGGGCGGUGGCCAAAGCCUCUCGGUGCUUCGCCAGCAGAAGAUCGACAGCCAAGCUAAGCAUGUCCGUCCUGGAUCAUCUUACCUCAUCAGUGUCCCAAUGCAAAUUCGGCUCAACACGAAACGAGCUUACCAACGGCUCUGGGGAGAUAGAUCAGCAAUCAUGACCACGGCCAUCUCCCAGCUCAUCAUAGCCCUCAUCAUCGGUUCCGUCUUCUACGGCACCCCUGAUGCAUCCGCGGGCUUCCAAUCGAAGGGAUCCGCUAUCUUCGUGGCCAUAUUGGUGAACGGAUUGAUGUCGAUCUCUGAGAUUAGCAGUCUUUACGCCCAACGACCAAUCGUGGAGAAGCACGCCUCAUACGCCUUCUACCAUCCGGCGACCGAGGCUAUAGCGGGCAUCGUGGCCGAUUUGCCGAUCAAAUUCCUCCUGUCGACUAUAUUCAACAUCAUCUUCUACUUUAUGGUUGGACUCCGGAGGGAACCCGCUCAAUUCUUCCUCUUCUUCCUGAUUACAUACGUGUGCACUUUCGCCAUGAGCGCUAUCUUCAGGACAAUGGCUGCCGUUACGAAGACAGCGUCACAAGCCUUAUCCUUAGCAGGAGUAAUGAUCCUUGCUCUUGUGAUCUAUACCGGUUUCGUCAUCUCCGUCCCUUUGAUGCAUCCGUGGUUUUCUUGGAUUCGGUUCCUCAACCCGCUGUUCUACGGUUUCGAGAUCUUAGUUGCCAACGAGUUCCAUGGAAGAGAGUUCGUUUGCUCCAGUAUCAUUCCCGGAUACUCGCCGCCGAUAGGCGAAUCUUGGAUUUGUUCUGUGGUUGGCGCGGUAGCUGGGCAAUCAACUGUCAGCGGCGACGCAUUCAUUGCUGCCAACUACCAGUAUUACUACUCUCACGUUUGGCGGAACUUUGGUAUCAUACUCGCGUUCUUGAUAUUCUUCAUGGGUGUUUACUUCACGGCUGCAGAAUUGAACUCAACUACGACUAGUACCGCCGAGGCAUUGGUCUACCAACGUGGACGAGUUCCAGCACAUCUGAAGAAGGGGGCACGUCUCAGCCCAGUUGAUGAGGAGAUGGCAGCAGCUUCUCAGCCCAAAGAAGACGAAGGGACGUCCGACAUGCGAGCCAUUGAGCCUCAGAGGGAUAUCUUCACUUGGCAAGAUGUCGUCUAUGAUAUCGAGAUCAAGGGCGAGCCUCGGCGCCUGCUGGAUAAUGUCUCUGGCUGGGUCAAACCAGGCACGCUCACUGCGCUUAUGGGCGUCUCUGGGGCAGGGAAAACCACUUUGCUGGAUGUCUUGGCUCAGAGAACCACGAUGGGUGUCAUCACUGGUGGCAUGUUUGUGAACGGCAAGCCCCUAGAUGCGGGAUUCCAGAGAAGUACGGGCUACGUGCAGCAGCAAGAUCUACACCUUGAAACCGCCACGGUGCGAGAGAGCUUACGCUUUAGCGCGAUGCUGCGCCAGCCCAAAUCAGUGAGCAAGAAGGACAAGGACGACUAUGUUGAGGAGGUGAUCAAGUUGCUGAGUAUGGAGACCUUCGCAGAUGCCGUGGUCGGUGUCCCGGGAGAAGGCUUGAAUGUUGAGCAGCGGAAGCUUCUGACGAUCGGAGUAGAGCUCGCAGCGAAACCCAAGCUGCUGCUCUUCCUGGACGAGCCCACAAGUGGCCUCGAUUCCCAGAGCUCUUGGGCCAUUUGCUCCUUCCUGCGCAAGCUUGCCGAUGCCGGCCAGGCUGUUUUGUGUACAGUUCACCAACCGAGCGCCCUGCUAUUCCAGCAAUUUGACCGACUGCUGUUCCUUGCUAAAGGCGGUAAGACGGUCUACUUCGGAGAGAUUGGCGAGAACUCGCACACACUGCUCGAAUAUUUCGAGUCGAAUGGCGCACGCAAGUGCGAUAGCCAGGAGAAUCCGGCAGAGUAUAUGCUGGAGAUCGUCAAUCAAACGCAGGAUGGUCAAGGCCGAGAUUGGCACUCGGCUUGGAAGGCAAGCCACGAGGCUCAAGCUGUCCAAGCCGAGAUUCAACGAAUUCACUCCGAAAAGCAAAGCCAAGUAACAGCAGGAGACAGUAGAGGAGAUGCACACAACGAGUUUGCGAUGCCGUUCCUUGCACAGCUCCAAGAGGUUACAGUCCGAGUGUUUCAGCAGUAUUGGAGGACGCCAAGCUACAUCAUCGCCAAGUGCUUCCUCGCGAUCGCAGCCGGCCUUUUCAUCGGCUUCUCCUUCUACCAGGCCAAUACGAGCUUGGCAGGCAUGCAGACUAUCGUCUUCUCCGUUUUCAUGAUCAUCACCAUCUUUACGACCGUGGUACAGCAAAUUCAGCCCGUGUUCGUCACCCAGCGAUCACUGUACGAAGUUCGCGAGCGACCUAGCAAGGCCUACUCGUGGCAGGUCUUCUUGAUUGCCAACGUCAUUGUGGAGGUUCCAUGGCAGGUCCUGAUGGGUAUACUGACGUAUGCGUGCUUCUACUACCCUGUGACCGGCAUCCAGAGCUCGGAGAGGCAGGUUCUGGUUCUCCUGUUCUCCAUCCAGCUCUUCGUCUACGCAGCCUCCUUCGCGCAGAUGACCGUUGCCGCUCUGCGAGAUGCCGAAACUGCCGGUGGGAUCGUCACCCUUCUCUCGAUGAUGAGUUUGACAUUUUGCGGUGUCUUGCAGGCCCCCAGUGCUCUUCCUGGGUUUUGGGUGUUUAUGUAUCGCGUGUCGCCGUUCACAUACUGGGCCGCGGGCAUGGUAGCAACACAGCUGCACGGCCGAGAGGUCAUCUGCUCAUCUAGCGAAACCUCCAUCUUCGACCCGCCAGCGAACCAGACUUGUGGAGAUUACAUGUCCAACUACCUCCAACUAGCUCCAGGACAGCUGCAGAACCCAGCCGAUACCUCACAAUGCCGGUACUGCUCCAUCUCGGUCGCAGACGAGUUCUUGGCAGGGAGCCAGAUAUACUGGGACGAACGGUGGCGUAAUUUCGGAAUCGUUUGGGCCUAUUUCUUCUUCAAUAUUGCCAUCUCUGUUUUGACCUACUACCUCUUCCGGGUCCAUCGGUGGAAUGCCGGCUCUUCGAGCCUAAAGAAGAGCAAGAAGCAACAGAAGUAA